AGAGGAGGAGCCGGGGUAUCCGCCUUUCUGCCACGCCCUCACGCGUUGCUUCUUGCUAACGAGGGGGCGUGGCUAAGGAUGUCAGCCAAUUGCGGUAAUACUGCUCCUCGGGCUGGGAGUCGCGAGGCACGUCAGCUGGAUUCCUCCGCCCUUCCCUUAUGACCACGCCCUCUCCGUGCCCCGUCUUCCUGGUCUCCGCACGUGGCUUCAGCAGUUCUGAUUGGGCGGUGCGGGGAGGGGGCGUGGCCGUGCCCCUUCAGUUGGAGUGGGCUCCGGCUCCCUCCGCUCUUCUCCAUCUACAUCCCUCGGGAAGGAAGCGGCGAUGGCCCCGGGGCCCCCGCCUGUGUCUCCUGCGGCCCCCGCUACGGAAGCCGUGACGUUCAGGGAUGUGGCUGUGGCCUUUACCCUGGAGGAAUGGCGGCAUCUGGACCCUUCUCAGAAGGACCUGUACAGGGAGGUGAUGCUGGAGAACUACAGAAACCUGGUCUGCCUGGGCCUGGCCAUUUCCAAACCAUACGUGAUCCACCAGUUGGAACAAGGGAGAGGCCCUUGGACGCCAGAGGGAAACACCUCCCUCUGUGACAGAGGGAGCCGCCGUGCAGAUUGGGAAGAGAUAGUUGAAGCAAAGGAGCCCACUCCAAAGCUUGGCGUUACUUUGAAAGGAUUUUAUGAAGACAGAUUGCCAAGGCAUCAUCAACACCAUGCUGCCAAACUUGGACAAGCUUUAGAAUGUGAUGCUAUGUCAGAGAGACAGCACAACAAGGAUAAAUCUUCUAGUUUUCAUACUGCAAUGAAACCUCAUCAAUGUAAUGAAUGUGGGAAGACUUUCUGCUGGCGCAAGGGACUUAAUGUACAUCAGAAAAUUCAUAGUGGACAGAAACCCUAUACAUGCGAUGAAUGUGGAAAGGCCUUCCUCCUGAGCACGCACCUUGUUCAACAUCAGAGAAUUCAUAGUGGAGAGAAGCCUUAUGUAUGUAACGAAUGUGGGAAGGCCUUCCGGCUUAGUGCACACCUUACUCUGCAUCAGAGAAUUCAUAGUGGAGAGAAACCUUUUGUAUGUAACGAAUGUGGGAAGGCUUUCUCUCAGAGUUCACAACUUAACCGACAUCAAAGCAUUCAUACCGGAAAGAAAGCUUAUAAAUGUAAUGAAUGUGGAAAGACUUUUAGUCGGAGCACAGGACUUAUCAAACAUAAGAGAAUUCACACUGGAGAAAAACCUUAUAAAUGUAAUGACUGUGAGAAGGCUUUUCGUCGGAAUGAACAACUUAUUCAACACCAGAGAAUUCACACUGGAGAGAAACCUUAUAAAUGCAAAGAAUGUGGCAAAGCCUUUCGUCAAAGUUCACAAUUUAGUCAGCACAAAAAAAUUCAUAUUGGAGAGAAGCCUUAUCAAUGUACUGAAUGUGGGAAGUUCUUUUUAGAGAAGACGCAGCUUACCCGGCAUCAAAAAAUACAUACUGGAGAAAAACCUUAUAAAUGUAAUGAAUGUGGGAAGGCUUUCUUGGAGAGGAGGCAGCUUAUACAACACCAGAGAGUUCAUACUGGAGAGAAACCUUACAAAUGUAACGAAUGUGGAAAAAGCUUUCGUCAGAGCUCACGAUUUAGUCAACAUAAAAAAAUUCAUACUGGAGAAAAACCUUAUGAGUGUAAUGAGUGUGGGAAGACCUUCCUAGAGAGGAAACAGCUUACCCAACAUCAGAGAGUUCAUACUGGAGAGAAACCUUACAAAUGUAAUGAAUGCGGGAAAAGCUUUCGUCAGAGUUCACGAUUUAAUCAACAUAAAAAAAUUCAUACUGGGGAAAAACCUCAUGAAUGUAACGAAUGUGGGAAGGCUUUCUUGGAGAGGAAACAACUUUAUCGGCAUCAGAGAGUUCAUACUGGAGAGAAGCCUUAUGUAUGUGAUCAGUGUGGGAAGGCCUUCAGCUCCAAGUCAUACCUUACUGUACACCAGACAAAUCACACUGGACAGAAGUCUUAUGAUAAAUGUAAUGGAUGUGGGAAAGUCUCUCCUAAGACGUGCCUUACUCAGCAUCAGAGAAUUCCUAUCGGAGUGAAGCCUUAUCAAUGUAGUGAAUGUAGAAAGACCUUCCUUGACAGGAAACCACUUAUUCACCAUCAGAGGAUUCACACAGAAGGAAUUGCCACCUUACUGUAGCAAACAUGAGAUGACCACCUUCCAAAAGUAGAAACAGCUUAUUCAACUUCAAAGACUUUGUAAGUGUAGAGAAACUUUGUGAAUGUGAUAGAAUAUGGGAAGACUCUUCUUGGGAAACAGCUUGCUCAAUCUCGGACUUCAUAAGUGUAGAAAAACCUUGUGCAUGUUAUGAAUAUGGGGAGGCUUUUUUAGAGAGUAGAGAACCUAAGUGAACACUGGAGAAUUCAUGAGUGAUGGCAAGCUUUUAUGAAUAUAACAACGCCUUUCAUAAGAGCUCACCAUUUAGCGAAUAUAAAAAUAAUUCGUGUUUAUGAGACACCUUAUGAAUGUGAAAAGGCCUUUCUAGAGCAACAUCAGAAAAUUCAUUGUGGUGAGAAAUGUGAAUAUAAUAAAUGUGGGAAAACUGUAUAAGAGCAAACAGUUUAAUCAGUGGCAAUACCAAAGUGAAACAAUGGAUAUUAUGUAGAAUAGCUUUCUGAGAGCAUAUGUCUUACUUGACAUUAAAUCAUUCAAAAAUUUAGCUUUUUGAAUGGCAGAGUUUUAUGAAGAUAACAAAUGUAAGAAGAAUCCCAACCACUGCAGACACUGAAAUGUAGGCAUUCAAUUAAAGGGAAAUUGUAAAAAUCUGAUUGUUACACUAUGAUCUGGGAUACUGGCUGGUCUUGUGUGGCCUAGGAAACCUUUAUUUUAAAAUGCAAAAACCUUGGCUUUGGGGUGGACCACAUUUGGCCCUUAAGUUGAAGUUGUCAAAUCUUUCUAUACUACAUGAAGCAAAUAUCUAGUUUCCCAUGAGAUUUCCUUAAGGCUACUGAUCUGGUUUUAGUUACCCCAAGCUUCUCCCCAAAGAAUAACAACAACAAUAGCAGCUGUCCUUUAUAUAGCACCUACUACGUGCCAGACAUUGUUCUAAGCACUUUAAAAAAUUAGUCAUUUGAUCCUCACAACAACCUUACGAGGUAGAUGCUAUCAUCAUCCCUGAAGAAACUGAGGCAAAUGAGUUGAGUCAGGAGUUUGGUUAACCAUCACAUAAUGUUGCUGUAUUGCUGUUCUGGUUCUGCUCACUUCACUCAGCAUCACUUCAUGUAGGUCUCUCAAGUCCUCUCUGAAACCAUCCUGCUAGUUGUUUCUUACAAAACCAUAAUAUUCCAUAACAUUCAUAUACCAUAACUUGUUCAGCCAUUCCCCAGCUGACGGGCAUCCACUCAGUCUCCAUUUCCUUGCCAGUACAAAAAGGGGAAAAGCAUUUCAAAGCAGUCUAGUGAGCAGCAUACUUCAUUAGGCAUUUACAAAGCCUCUAGCAGUGAGUCUGUCUGGAAAUCAUCUUUCAUGGCUCCCCAAGAUGGACUUGAUAGAACCAUCAACCAACUGAACACUACCAAAGAGAUCUCCUUAAUCUUAUAGUUUCUCAAUCUUUCCCCACCUUGACAUUUGAACAUGAACCUGUAAAGGGCUGAAACUCUUGAGUUGACGCACUGCAGUCGGACAACCAAGCACUUAAGGCUAAUUACCAAUUGGACAAUACUCUAUUAGCAUAUGCUUGGAAAAUGGCCCUUCCCACCAUUCUGUGCUGGCUCAAUCUGUUGGUGUAUACAGAGAAUUGUAGGAGGGAUUAGGGGAUGCAGUAAGACAAGUCAGAGUCACUUGUUGGUGUGAGAGAAAGAGAAAGGAGGUGUGGAGAUUUCUGUGUCCAUUCCCUUCACUUCGACCCCUAAAACCAAGAAUAAAGACCCAGGAUGUUUGCUUAUCCUGACUCCGGCUGAUUCUAAGGCAUCCAGGGCGUUUACUCGGUCUUCACGUGAACCUAUUACUAACAAAUGAACAGAUGCAAAUGCAUCUCAUUGGCAUUCUGUACUGUGCAUCAUAGUGGUGCUCUGAUUCCUUUCCUUUACACUGUAGUCUUACCUCAUCAGCUGGUCUUCACAUGAUUGAGAUGUUGUGAACAUUGACCAUCACUAGGCAUUAUUAGCUCUCUUGAAACCAUCACAGACUUAUCACAAAUGUUCUGUAGAAACAAACUUCAUUAUUAUUGCACUAUUAAAGCUGUUUUAUGAUUUAAA